CCAAAAACGUACUCCAUUGAAAUACCAGUAGCAGCACCAACAUUAUUUUUAUCAUUCAUUAUUAUUCAGACAAUAUUGAAAACUGUGAUUGUAGUAGAGUGUGAUUCAAUUCACAAAUGAAGGGUUGGAACCAAUUUGGUGUCAUUGAGACCAUCUACGAGGAAGAACGUGAAUUCUCCUCCACCUCUUCCUCUUCUCUUUCACCUUCCUUUUCAUCUUCUCCUCCUUCUCUUCACUCCACAAUAAAUGCUUGGUCUAUCAACUCUGGAUGUGAAACGGAUGUGUUGAUUCGCGUCGAAGGAACUUGUUUUCGUCUCCACAAGGAACGUUUCGUAACAAAAAGCUCAUAUCUAAAACGACAUCUAACAGGCCUCUCCGACUUCACUCUCUCUCCACCGUUAAACAUAACGUCCGAAACAUUCGCUACCGUUGCCGAAUUCUGUUACGGACGGAAAAUUCAGUUAACGUCUCGAAACGUGGCAGCCGUUAUAACGGCCGCGGAGUUACUUGAAAUGAGAGAGGGGAGAGAGGGAGAGGUUAGUUUACGUGACGUGGCAGAAUCGUAUUUUCAGAGAAUUGUUUGUGUGGACGGAUUCACGGUUCUGCGAUCGUGUUUGAGUCUGUUUCCGGAGGCUGAAACAACGGCGGCGCUAGGGAGUAGGUGUAUUGAGGCGGUGAUUUGGGAAAAUGACGGUGGUGAUGACGUGGAUGAAAGUGUUUUGGAUGUGGUUGUUGAAAUGGAGCCUCGAGAUUUUCAAAUCGUUUGUUACUCAUUGAAUGAAAGGUUGCUCAACCAUGACGUUCUCUACAAGUUGGUCGAUCUUUAUCUCAAGGAAAACAAGCAUGACAAACAAAUAACUGACGAACAAAAAACAGAAAUAUGCAAUUCAGUAGAUUGUACUAAGCUCUCACCUCGUACCCUGGUCGAAUGUGUUCAAAACCCCACAAUGCCACUAAGGUUCAUAGUUCGAGCAAUUCUUGUCGAACACCUAACCACUCGCCGCUCAAUCACUGAAGCAGUUACAACUACUGCCGUCUGUAAUCCACAACAACAAACAGAAGUACAAAGAACCUCGCUUAGAGAAUUUCUCCAACGCGACGCGACUCGUCGACAAACAGAACAGAUAAAAGAAGCUAUGAAUUCAACUUACUCUCGUAUCCAAAGCCUUGAGAGAGAGCUUAGUGGAAUGAAGAAGUUUCUUCAGGAUCAUCAAGCUGAGGAAGAAAGGGAAAAAGAGAAAGAGAAUGAACAUAUGAAUAAUGUUCUAAAUUCAGAACGUCCUGCUAGUUUCCAUUUUGCGCCAAAUGAUAAUAGUAAAAUACAGAGAGGGGGAAGAGGCUCUGUUUCGUCCUCUGGUUUUGUGCUUGAUAACAUGAUCAAGAAAAAUAAUGAAAUGGUUAGGUACAAAUAUAACGUUAAUUCUUCCGAAGGAUCGUGUCAUGAUAGGAACGUUACUCCAAAAAGUGUUACAAGUUUUCGCCAUAGAUUCAUAACCGGGCUCAAGAAUACAUUCAAGAUUUCGAAUUCUUCAUCGAAUUUGAAGGAUCACCAAUGACUGAUUGAGAGUGAUUUUGCUGUUUAUCAGAGAAUAUUCAUAGUGAAUUUUAUGAUUGUUCCCUUUUUAUUCAUGUUACUUGCUGUCAAAUAUUAGUUUUUGUUUUUUGAAAGAUUUUUUUGUCAUGA